AUGGAUGAGGUCGAUAUUGAACUCGUCAAUCAAGAGCUUAAUUUUCUAUCUCAAGACAAUAGUUUAAUUAUAAAAGGGGGAUGUGAUUUAUUCUCAACAAAGCCAGUAGGGUCAGAUAGAAAGUUAUUUAAAACAAUCGAUAAGAAUUUGGACCAGAUGUUGGAAGAUAACCAACUUUCUCAGUCAAUCGAGCGUGAACGUAAUCACUCCAUGAAUUCUUUAUUCGGUAGCAGUGCUUCACCGCCGGGAAAUGGACACAUGACGCGUCGCGGAAGCUAUGUAAUAUCUAAUGAAAGGGAAAGGAGAGGAAGCAGAUCUCUCUCGUUCAAUAAGAGCUCCAUUGACUCGUCGUUUAAUAAUAAAUCGAAUCUAUCUAACUCAAUUGUCGAAGGACAAGAUAUUGACAGCGGCAAUACCGACGAGUCUCCAUUUGGGCCCCUAAGUAAUGUUACCACGAGAAAGACAUUUUCAUAUUUAAUAGCCAUUUUGAACAGCACAUUUCCAGACCAUGAUUUUACGAGACUCCAGCCUACUACUGAAAACUUUCAUAAAAUAGAUACUAGCGAAGAUUUUAUGCGACUAUUCAACAACAUAAUGGUUUCCUUGGGUAAAAAAGAGGACUUACUAAAUUGGAUAUGGGACACCAUCAACGUGCAUAUGGACUUUAUUCCACCGAAAAGUGCCGCUCACAACUAUAGCGGAACAGGCUCAAGAUCGAACAGCUUCUCAAAGCAAGGUGGUAAGUUCAAUCAAGAGUCUCCUACUUUUCAAACUUCAAAUAAUGAACCAUGUCAAAUAUACGAGUUUCAACCAUCUGAUCAGUCCAUAAUCGAAGAUCUCAAUUACCCAUUUCAAUCUAUGUGGUCAUAUUAUUGGUUUAUAUACAAUAAAAAGAAAAAAAGAGUUGCUUUCAUAUACUUGAAAGCCAUUAAUAAAAUUCAUUUCUCUAUGGUUGAAAAUAGAUCUUAUGAGGCAGGUGACAACAAGGAGCAGGUAAGUCAAAGUAAUGCACAGGCUGACGACGAAAUGGAUGACGUAUAUCUGGAAGAUUAUGGAAAUGAAGAUGCUAUUAUCGACGAUGAUGACAAAGACAUUGUUGGUGAUAUAGAACUAUAG